AUUUUAUUAUCAUUCAAGGAACUAUAGGUGGUUUUUGUCAAUGUGCCUGGCAGGUAGAAGAGUGAGGAGGGAUGAAUCUGGGCAGAUAAGGAUGCUUUCGGAAUUGGCAUCAGCCUAAAGAGCUUAAGACUUUAUUCACUAGGUGAUGGAAAGCCAUGUGUGAUGGUUAAGUUUAUGGGUCAACUUGACUGGGUCAUGGGGUGCCCAGAUAUUUGGCCCAACAUUAUUCUGGGUGUGUCUGUGAAGAUGUUUUUGGAUAAGAUUAACAUUUAAAUCAGGGGACUGAAUAAAGUAAAUUGCCCUCCCUCACAUGCGUGGACCUCAUCCAAGCACUGGAAAGCCUGAAUAGUCCUUUCCCUACCGAGAGAGAGUUCUCCUGCCUGACGCAGCCUUCGUGCUGGGACACUGGCUCUUCCUGGUUCUGCAGCAGCUUCCGGCCUUCUGACUCAAACUGGGAUAUAUCAGCUCUGCGGAUUUUGAACUUUCCAGCCUCAAUAGUCAUGGACAGAGGCCUUGCAGAUGGCCCCGCUACCGGGGGCAGAGCUGGUCCAGAGGCCGCUGCAGCUCUACCGAUACCUGCUGCGCUGUUGCCGCCAGCUGCCAACCAAGGGCAUCCAGGAGCAUUAUAAGCAUGCUGUCAGGCAGAGUUUCCGAGUUCAUUCGGAUGAAGACAGCCCUGAGAGGAUCCAGCAGAUUAUUAAAAGAGCCAUUGAAGAUGCUGACUGGAUCCUGAACAAGUAUAAGAAACAAAACUGAGACUCCAGGACGUAGUGAGUGCAGCUACCUUGGAGACACUGAUAUUGAGAGCCCUCGCUUCGCCUGGCCCUAAGCAGCAGCGGCAGUUUUGGAACAUCCACUAGCCUCGUUGGCUGGGAGCAGGAAGUCAGGGGUAGGAGAAGCAGACAUUUGCUCAGACGGAUCUUCUUGCCAUGUUUGUGUCUCCCUUAUGUUUGCUUUUCCAGCUGGUUAUGAUGUGAGAUUUGGGGAGAAUGUGUUUUCUCACUUUGCACUGAAAGCGAUUCAUUUACUCUGGGCAUCAUUCUUUGAGACCCAGAGCUGGCGUGCCCUCAUAUAGCUUCCUGUACAGAGGGCAGGGCAUGGCUUUAACAACCAGACAGAUCUGGGUUUGAAUCUCAGCUCAGCGGCUUUUCAAGGGUGUUGGCUUCAAGUCCAGUUUCCUCCUUCAUUAGGAUUAGAUAAGAUGAAAUCAAAGAGCCUGACGUAGGACAUGGUAUGCGGUGGGGCCAGUAAACAUCCCUCUGAGGAAGCCGUCCUCUGCUGCUCCCACGGUGCUCACACAUCUCUCUAGCUCUCUCCACAUCAGGUCUUAGUUCCUUGUGGGCUGGUCCCAUCCCUGCCUAUCACCCCAGGCCUCUGAUCCCCCGCAGUUGCACUGUGCCCAGCGGUCCGCCCAGCAGCUGCUCUUCCUGACACCAACCCAGAGAGGCAGAAACCCUGGUCCUUGCCAGAGUGGCGAAACAAAGAACGCCAGAGCAGCUGCAGUAGAUGCCGGCGCGUUCAGGCUGUGUGAACCUGUGAUCUGUUUUGAGCGGCCCUUGCCUACUUUACUCCAUCUUAGCAGGAAAACGGGGAGGAGCAAGCCAGCAGUCAUGAGGUUAUUGUGAGCCUGAAAUCGGUGGAGAAUGCAGACCUGGGUCACAUCCCAACUCUACACAAGUUACUCUUGGGUCACUUACCUCCUCUCCUUCAGCUUCUGUUUCCCCGCCUGUCCAGCGGAGUAAUGACCAUACCUACCACAGGGGGCCACGGUGAGGAGUCAUGAACCCUAAUGUACACCAAGUGCUUCACCCAGAACCCGGCCUGGGGAGCCAGGGAGAAGGGAGCUCAGAGGGGUUGAGCCCCUUUUCAAGGUCACAAAACUGCUAAGCCAGGUCUGUGAAUGUACCAAACACUAUAGAUUUAGGAGGGAAAGGAGAGCAGCCGGGAAAGAGGGAAGGAAGGGUGAGAGGGAGGGAGGGAGGGAGAGCAGCAGGGAAUGUCGGGGUAACUGGCCGGAGUGGGCAGAGCAGCCAGAAGAUACAGGGAGAAGCCACACCAGGAUGCGAGUGUCCCCCGAGGACUCUCAACCCGAGGAUGAGCUAGCGCACAUCUGUGUCCUUGCAGUCAUGUGACUUAAAGUGACUGAGAUACCCCCACUGCACUCAGCUGAUCAGCAGAUAAUGAAGUAAAUACAUCAAUUUGUGAAAGCUCUGGUGUAUGUUGUUCCCUACUGUGUGCUGUCAUACUAGAUGCUGAGGAUUAGAGAUAGGCGAACAGAAAGCUGCCUGGGAGGGAUCAUUCUUCAGAGUCCUAAUUCGCUAAUUGAAAUGUCCAAUCCUAGGUAAAAAUAAAAAUUCAGAACUUGAAUUAAGG